CGGGGAAGGUCACGCUCGGGGUCCCCAGACCAGGUCUCCGCACGCCCCUGCCCCGUCGCCUCCCGGGAGCGGCUGCAGUCCCCGUUGGCUGCAGAGGCGCAGACACCCGAAGUGUCCGCGCCGGCAGCUGGACCGCAAGCGAGGAAGACCGAACCGCGCUCCCGGGCGUGGCCGAAGCGCUUCCUGUGCCAGGUUUCCGGCUCCGGGUCCCGGGAGGAGGAUCGCGGGCCAGAGGCGGAGCCGCCGCCCUGCCGCGACUUUCAGACUCCGACCAUGGCCUCGCGCUGGUGGCGGUGGCGGCGCGGCUGCUCCUGGAGGCCGGUGGCGCGGAGUCCCGGGCCCGGCUCCCCCGGCCGUGCGGGACCGUCGGGGCCGAGCGCCGCUGCCGACGUCCGCGCGCAGGUUCAUAGGCGGAAGGGACUUGACUUGUCUCAGAUACCCUAUAUUAAUCUUGUGAAGCAUUUAACAUCUGCCUGUCCAAAUGUAUGUCGUAUAUCACGGUUUCAUCACACAACCCCAGACAGUAAAACACACAGUGGUGAAAAAUACGCCGAUCCUUUCAAACUCGGUUGGAGAGACUUGAAAGGUCUGUAUGAGGACAUUAGAAAGGAACUGCUUAUAUCAACAUCAGAACUUAAGGAAAUGUCUGAGUACUACUUUGAUGGGAAAGGGAAAGCCUUUCGACCAAUUAUUGUGGCGCUAAUGGCCCGAGCAUGCAAUAUUCAUCAUAACAACUCCCGACAUGUGCAAGCCAGCCAGCGCACCAUAGCCUUAAUUGCAGAAAUGAUCCACACUGCUAGUCUGGUUCACGAUGACGUUAUUGACGAUGCAAGUUCUCGAAGAGGAAAACACACAGUUAAUAAGAUCUGGGGUGAAAAGAAGGCUGUACUUGCUGGAGAUUUAAUUCUUUCUGCAGCAUCUAUAGCUCUGGCACGAAUUGGAAAUACAACUGUUAUAUCUAUUUUAACCCAAGUUAUUGAAGAUUUGGUGCGUGGUGAAUUUCUUCAGCUCGGGUCGAAAGAAAAUGAGAAUGAAAGAUUUGCACACUACCUUGAGAAGACGUUCAAGAAGACCGCCAGCCUGAUAGCCAACAGUUGUAAAGCAGUGUCUGUUCUAGGAUGUCCCGACCCAGUGGUGCAUGAGAUCGCCUAUCAGUACGGAAAAAAUGUAGGAAUAGCUUUUCAGCUAAUAGAUGAUGUAUUGGACUUCACCUCAUGUUCUGACCAGAUGGGCAAACCAACAUCAGCUGAUCUGAAGCUCGGGUUAGCCACUGGUCCUGUCCUGUUUGCCUGUCAGCAGAUAUUAUGGUGUUUAUUCUGCAAGUAAGAAACUGAUGCCCAAACCUCGCCAAAAUUAAACAUCUGGUAAAUGGCACAGCAGGGAACUGAACAAGUCUAAGACCGGUAUUCAUUUUAUUACAUCAUACAUAGUGUUAUUGCCACUGGUAAUGCUGAGAAGUUAGUAGCUAUGAUACCACACAGGCCUUCCCACAGAGCAGGUAACUAACCCACCUGGGCACUGACGAUACUCAAAGAAUCAUCUCUGUGUCAUGUCUUUGCUAUUGUAAACAACAUACCUACUUAGUGGAGUAGUUCUAAGACGUCUGUAAUCCUUUCCCUUUGGUAGGUGAGUUUUGUUUGCUGAUGAGAUGGUCUUUGAACUUUUCCAUUUGUGAACACUGGACCAGGGCAAGCAUUCUUGGGAAACCACCUUUUCCUUUAUUAACUUGGUGUGGUGGGUUGUCUUGGAGUUUGCUCCAGCCAGCACUUGACAGAAACUCCCUGUCUUUUGGAAUUCCUUUAUUUUUAACAUCUCUCUUAAGGGGUUUCCUGAUAACAGUUGGUUCAGAGGAUUUAAAAAGAGUUUUGGGGAUUUCUGGAGAAGUCCCAGGGGAUGACAGCGUCCUCCCAUGUACGUAUGUGUACAUAUUCUCUUUAAGAAUAAAAACCUCACGUUAAUUGGAUUUUGAAUGCUUCAGAAACAAAAUGGAAGUGUUUUACUUUCUCUGGUGAAACUUUAUUAAUUUUCAAAUAUCUUUUUUAAAAAAACCACAUCUUUCCUUUCUUCUGCUUCUCUUCCUUAUUUGAUAAGUCACUAGACCCAAAUGUCAGUUGUAGCCACGUUUCCAAAUGCCAUCACCAGCCCCUGCACCAGCUGCACAGGCCUUAUGCUAUCGUGGUGACUAGUUGGUGCCUUAGUGUUACCCAGUUUCGUUUGGGUAGACUCAUAUACUGAUCACCUUAGCAGUUUAGUUUAUGGAUGGGUUUCACAGAGUUACAACCCGAUUUAUCCACAGGUGGUUUUCCUACUCUUAAAAACAGCACCUGAGCAAACAGAAUUUUUAUUUGUCACUAAAUCUGCAGGCAACUGUUCUUCCUGCUGUGUUUCUCUUUUCUUUUCCACAUACACAUUAAGGGGACUGGGGAGUGCCCGGGGAAGAGUUUGAUAUUUUGCAUAUUAAAAUUGCACACGUGACAUGUUUGGAAGGAAGGAUGUAGUCACUCAAUGCAAAUAUUUUUUUCAAAUUUUGCUUUCUCAAUGCUUUUUAUAGUAAAAGCAUCAGCGAAAACACCCAAUCAGCAUAUCUUACCACACUUGCUGGUACUGUAGAAAAAGCUUAUACAUCAUAAACAAGCUAAUGUCACCAGAUGCCUACGAGAGAAUCACAUCAGUGUUAACGAUAAAACCAUCUAGAUAUCCAGUAUUGGUAUGUGGUAUUAAAAAACUAAAACAGGCUGUGUGUAGUGGCUCACGCCCAUAAUCCCAGCACUCUGGGAGGCCCAGGCGAGAGGAUCACUUGAGGCCAGGAGUUUGACACCAGCCUAGGCAACAAGGCAAGACCCCAUCUCUAUAAAAAAUUUAAAAAUUGGCCAGGCACGGUGGCUCACGCCUGUAAUCCCACUUUGGGAGGCACUUUGGGAGGCCGAGGUGGGCAGAUCACGAGGUUAGGAGAUCAAGACCAUCCUGGCUACGGUAAAACUCCAUCUCUACUAAAAAUACAAAAAAUUAGCUGGGCGUGGUGGCUUGCACCUGUAGUCCCAAGUACUCGGGAGGCUGAGGCAGAAGAAUCAUUUGAACCCGGGAGGCGGAGGUUGCAGUCAGCCAAGAUCGUGCCACUGCACUCCAGCCUGGGUGACAGAGCAAGACUCGCAUCUCAAAAAAAAAAAAAAAAUUAAAAAAUUAGCCAGGUGCGUGCCUGUAGUCCCAGCUACUCGGGAGGCUGAGGCAGAGGAUCACUUGAACCUAUAGGAGUUUGAGGCUGCAGUGAGCUAUGAUUGCACCACUGCACUCCAGCCUGGGCAACAGAACAAGUCUCAUAACAAAACUAAAACCUACUUGAUUUGGCUUUUUUACCAUAGAAGUUGAUUUGGGCUUUCCUGAUUUCUAGUAGCUUGUUUUCUUCUUAAAAGACCAGUAACUAAAGGAAAUUACUGGUUUUCAUAGGAACUAACCAGUUGCUGGCUCUAUAAAUUCUGUAAACACAUUAGCAGUCUCUACAUGUUUAGAGCUUUGUUCUGACACAUAUUUUGGUCUGAAAAAAUUAUUUCUUCGUCUGUGAUCACUUGGCUGCGGCUUUUCUAUGUAUGCCCUAUUUUUUCUUCUAGGAUUACUAAUACCAUGGUCAUGGUUACAGGACAACAACUUAUUUCAUCCUUCAGGUUCACUGCCAGGGAAAAACUGGCAACUGCUGUAAGCACUGACGUGGCCAAAAUCAAACACAUCUUACCUCUUCCGUGGAGCCAUAGACUGUUAGAGCUCAAGGGCUUCCAGUCAUGAAGAUGAGAAGCCUAAGACCCCAGGGGCUAAGGAAGUCACUCGGCUGUGGCAGCUGAUAGCCAAACCAAGACUAGAGCUCAGAUCUAGGAAGUGAAGUGAUUUGGUGUCCUGGCUUUUGUAUUCUGUUAAUGGUGACACUUCUAAAUAGUUGCUAAGUAUUGUAGAAUAUCGAUUUUACCUUCAGUUCCUUUUUUGCCUAUUUUUUUUCUCUCUUCUUGCUAUCAUCUUAAUUCAGGUCUUUUUUAUAACCUACUCUAGUAACCUGUUUGUUCUGUCUACCUCUGACUCUUUUAAUUCCGUGGUUCUCAACCUUGGCGGCACAUUAAAAAUACCAGGGUGGGCGGGAGAGGGUUGAAAAUCUUGGUGCCCAGGCUAAACCCCAAGCCAGUAUAACCAAAGUCUCUGGGAGCAGGAUCUAGGCAACUGUAUUUAUACCUCCCCAGGCCAGGCACGGUGGCUCACACCUGUAAUCCCAGCACUUGGGAGGCUGAGGUGGACAGAUCACCUGAGGUCAGGAGUUUGAGACCAGCCUGGCC